AUUUCGCGGCACGAAGUACACGGGAAUGUCGCGUCUAUUUAUCUUCGUUCAACACCAGAAUAGUAAAAAGCGCAUUCAUUGUAUCAGUCUUUACCACACAUGAAAUCUUAUCAUUUCACGUCUACCAAUCAAGACCGGAUGCUCAUUUUAACACAAUUGGUUUAAUCGGUUUUAAAUCAGUGUUAACAUGUUUAACAUUUCACGAUACAUAAUAACCAACCAUCUGAAUGACUAUUAAAUCAUAGUUAAAUAAAAUUUGAUCUCAUUUAGAGCUAAAAGUAAAAAGUGGAGUGCGGAGAAGUAAAACGUUUGCCAUGUGAGGUUAGAUUCAACGUGUAAUGAAAUCGUCCCGCGAGUGAGUCUAACGAGGGCAAACACCUCUCGUGGAAUCCUUGGCCUAAGAGGAUCUUUAACCGGAGCCAGACGGCGCGACGCUAUUAGACACUAGAACCCCAUGCCAUACAUAACGGCAACCCCCUGCACCGAUAAAGUCAAGUUUACUCAACUACUCAACCCCCAUGGGUCAAAUAGCUUUUAAAAAAGAAAGUGAAACGAGGACGAUUCGAAAAAUCUCUACAAUCGUCAGACCAACCUACGCAGGUCAUCGAUCCUCAGAUUCUCCGGUCUAUAACCACAUCUCCCUUCUUGAGAAAAGUGCAACUCGUUCCCUCAUAGACACUCCUCUUCAAUCCUUCUUACUCUCCAUCUCCCUCUCUCUCUUUCUCUCUCACAAAAUUUUCUCCACACCAAUCGUGCCUUUAAUAGUGAAUCCAGUGCUGCACCUAAAGUCCCGAUGAAAAACAACGUGCGGAGGACCGAGAGUAAAUGGUACGUGAGAAAGGGACGGCAUACGAACGAUCGUGCGAAUCGCGCUGGACUUUCCCUUGUGGCGCGAAGAGAAAGCAACGCGGAGGGGUUGGACGCCUCAUCCACAGAGAUCAAUACCGGCACGUAAACCGCCUAUGAGCCUUUUGGGCGAGCAGUGCUCUCGCGCCGCGGCCACGCACCAGACCCAUCAGACCCACCAGACCCACCAGACACCUAAUAACACACGGGGGACGUACGCGACGGUGUGUGGUGCCAGCUCGUCCUUACCCAUCGUUAAUCGCCUCGACAACUCCUCUGGAGAAGCGAUGCCAGUAGAAGCUGCUGUUCGUCCGAGGAGAUACUGUCGGAGAGAGUUCUUUCAUAUAUUUGCAAACACCCGACCGCUCUUAAUCGUACUCAGAUUGUGAGUUGAUCCAGAGAAUAAAUUAAUCCUGAAGACAAAUAUUCUGCGUAUGCUGGUCACAUCGGAUGGGGAGUGGCUGUGAUCAUUGUUGAUUCUCUUGUAACGAUAAAUUCGUAUGCAAUGACAGCAGUUGGCUGUACGCAUGUGACUAUGGCUUAACGUGCAUUCCUUUCUUUUCUGUAACUCAUAUUCUCUAAAUAGUCAACUAAUCUAAGCCGAUGCUAGUCGCGCUGGGCAUCCUAACAAUGCGACACUUGUUUUAUGCUUGAAAUAUUUUUCGGCCGGCGGUGCAAUUCUGAAAGUUAGGCUAUACGCCACAUGUGAUUCGUUGGAAGUUACUGGAGGACCAUCUUCGUCGGGGAGACUCGGGACGGGAUUUCACAGCGAGCCAGUUCGUCACAGGACCCUGGAUGCAGCCAAGAGCCAGAGGCGUCGGAACCGUCGGAGGUCCUGGAGGUCCUGGAGGCGUCAGAUCUCCCAGAGGAGGAGCAGUGCACAGUAGCCAAGCAUCAGGAGGAGUACCCGACGAUGAGGCUUCCAAGGACCCAGGUGCACGGAUCACUCAUCAAUCCUUCUCCGAGAAGGAUUACGAGGGUCAUAGGGCACACACGGUUUACGUCGGGGUACAUCUUCCUGGGGAACGACGACAUCGUCGACAUCACAAGCACCACCCCUCGCGACAGUCCUCUCUCGACAACCAGGAUGACGUCGGCAUCGAUCGGCCUGGACAAUUGUUGGUGCCGCGAAGGGGUCGUCUUGCUAGCAUCUGCGACCAAGAUGGCGAGACGCUAUUCACACCACCAGCUCAGAGGGUCCAGUUCAUCCUUGGCGAAGAAGUCGGCGACGAUGCACACGAAUCCCAUCCUCUCUUCUCCGAGAUGGAGGAGCUCGUCAAAGAUGGCGACGAGAUGGAAUGGAAGGAGACGGCCAGAUGGAUCAAAUUCGAAGAAGACGUCGAGGAGGGUGGGAAUCGCUGGAGCAAACCCCACGUGGCUACCUUAUCCCUGCAUUCUCUCUUUGAACUGAGGAGUCUCUUGCUCAAUGGAACCGUAAUGCUAGACAUGGAGGCGUCCAGUCUGGAGCAGAUUGCUGACCUCGUCCUGGACAACAUCAUCAGCAAAGGUUCUUUGCCACUCGAAUCAAGGGACAAGGUCCGGGAGGCUCUUCUCGUGAGACAUCGACAUCAGCACGAGAGACGCAAGGACAACAAUAUGUCGAGACUUCCCAUAAUCAGAUCUCUAGCCGAGAUUGGACGAAAUCAUUCGUCAUCGAAGAAUUGUGACUGUUCAUGUGGUAUGCAUGCCUUGUUGACAUCAGAUUUGCAGGAGCGUCGCAGCGCCGAUGACGCAUACGCGCCGGUCGCGUCCAACGUCGCUCGCAGCACCAGCUGCCCUAAUUCCAAUACGGCCCUUCUCUCGAAAGAGGCCGUGCACCAAUCAGGCCCUUAUCUUCUGGUUCCAGUGGAGGAAUCGAAUUCCGCCCCUGCGAUCGCCGGAUCGGCAAGUCAGGGCGCUGCUGCAGGACUGAACUCCGGCGGCCGCUUCCUUGCUAUUCCUGGCAACCUUGGCCAGGAACCAUCGAAUGGAAUGGACCGUAGCCCCAGCAGCAUCUCCAUCAGCAGAAACCACAGCUCAACCGGGUUAGAGAAUGGCGACAUCAAUCACAAAGGCAAUACACAUUUCAUGCGAAAAAUACCACCUGGGGCGGAAGCCAGUAAUAUUCUGGUGGGUGAGGUCGAUUUUCUAGACAAGACCUUGUCCGCCUUUAUCCGCUUAAGCCAAGCUGGUAUUAUGGGGGAUUUGACGGAGGUGCCAGUGCCAACGAGAUUUAUCUUUGUGCUUCUUGGACCAACGGGUGGCAUCUCAGGAUUCCAUGAGAUUGGACGCGCCAUGGCGACUUUGAUGUCUGAUGAGGUAUUUCAUGACGUGGCUUACAAGGCCAAGAACAGGAACCACCUUUUGGCAGGUGUUGACGAAUUCCUUGAUGCAGUCACCGUGCUGCCACCUGGCGAGUGGGAUCCAACUAUUAGAAUAGAACCUCCAGCAGCCAUACCUUCUCAGGACAUAAGAAAGAGGCCAAAGGAAGAGAAACCAAAGGAGGAAUUCGACGAGGAGGCCGACGAACAAAAACUCCGGGAGGAAUCUGGACUUUCGAGAACCGGAAAGCUCUUCGGCGGACUGAUCAAUGACAUUAAGAGAAAAGCUCCGUUUUAUGUGUCCGAUUUCAAAGAUGCUCUGGCACUUCAAUGCGUAGCCUCCUUCAUUUUUCUCUAUUUCGCGUGCCUUUCGCCCAUCAUCACCUUCGGAGGACUCCUCAGCGAAGCCACUGGAAAGCACAUGGCGGCCAUGGAGUCCUUGGUCUCUGGAUUUGUCUGCGGAAUCGGUUACGGAUUCUUCUCCGGACAGCCUCUCACCAUUCUGGGCUCGACCGGACCCGUUCUCGUCUUCGAGACGAUAGUCUACGAGUUCUGCAAGAGUGCCGAUUGGAACUACAUGUCGUUUCGCUUUUGGAUCGGCACGUGGAUCGCUGUGAUCCUGAUGCUUCUGGUUGCCAUCGACGCCAGUGCGUUUGUUUGCUACAUAACGCGUUUUACAGAGGAAAAUUUUGCUACCCUUAUCGCCUUUAUAUUUAUUUACAAGGCUGUGGAAAAUGUUCUCUCCAUUGGAAAGAAGUAUCCCAUAAACACUCAUGGGGACGAAAUCUUGAAUUACGAUUGCUGGUGCAAACCACCGAAUCAGACCUAUUCGUCGAGCUACGAAAAUAUUAAUUGGACGUCCUUGGAUCAAAUUGGUUGUCAGAAUUACAACGGUACUCUGGAGGGUGGAGGCUGCGGUACGCCCCACUAUGUACCCGAUGUGUUCCUCAUGUCAAUUAUUUUAUUCAUGGGCACCUUCCUGCUCUCCGUCGAACUGAAGGACUUUAAGAACGCACUGUUUUUCCCGUCUAAGGUGCGCCAAAUCGUGAGCGACUUUGCAGUUAUAAUCGCCAUUUUUUCCAUGACCAUUUUGGACAAUGUCGUGGGUAUUUCUACACCAAAAUUGGAGGUUCCCGUAGAGUUCAAGCCAACGCUCGAAGGUCGCGGAUGGAUGAUCUGGCCGUUCCAGGAGAAUCCAUGGUGGAGCGCGAUAGUAGCUUGUCUACCAGCUCUACUCGGCACCAUAUUGAUUUUCAUGGAUCAACAAAUCACCGCAGUGAUCGUCAACAGGAAGGAAAACAAAUUAAAAAAAGGAUGCGGUUACCACUUGGAUCUAUUCGUGUUGGCCAUCUUGAUCGAAGUGUGUUCGGUGAUGGGUCUACCGUGGUUCGUGGCAGCAACUGUCCUUUCCAUUAAUCACGUGAAUUCAUUGAAACUGGAGUCGGAGUGCGCGGCUCCUGGAGAGAAGCCGCAAUUCCUUGGAGUCCGCGAACAGCGAGUCACUCACAUUCUAAUAUUCCUAAUGAUCGGCUGUUCUGUGCUUCUAACGCCAAUGCUGAAGCACAUACCGAUGCCGGUUCUCUUUGGUGUCUUCCUGUACAUGGGUGUAGCGUCGCUCAAGGGACUUCAGUUCUUUGAUAGGAUUCUUAUAAUGUUAAUGCCAGUCAAGUAUCAACCGGAUUAUAUGUUCCUGCGACAAGUUCCCCUAAAACGCGUUCACAUGUUCACAAUAAUACAACUGACCUGCCUCGCGUGUCUUUGGAUAAUCAAGUCAUUCAGCAUCACUUCAAUUCUCUUCCCCUUAAUGCUGGUGGUGAUGAUCGGCAUUCGAAAAUCUUUGGAUCUCGUGUUCACUCAACGAGAACUGAAAAUUCUGGACGACGUGAUGCCGGAGCCCAGCAAGAAGCACGCGGAUGACCUUCGCCAGCUGGAGAGUGGCGAGGAUCCAAACGAAUCCCUUGGCUUCGGACCCUCGGGCAAUCUACAGAUCCCCCUGGCCAAUGGGAACAUCAUGAAGAUCCCUCUGACCAGUAUCAACAUUAGCGAAGAGGUUAACAAGACCGGAAUUUGGCAGCAGGUCAACGAAGGCAAUAGCUCCGAGAAGUCGAACCAACCUAAAAUGAUUAACGUUGGCAAGCCAAAGAAGCAUCCAAAGAAGGAAGGUUCCUUAUUGGCUGACGAGAUGACGAGGCUCACUACGAUGACCGAGGAAGACGAGGAUGACGGUGGGAUCUCUAUUAAGGUUGACUUAAUUCGAUCGAAGGAGACUUCUAGCUCACUCAAGGCGAAUGGCACUACUUCCGCCGAGACUUCCGUUUAACGAGCGACGUCCAACGAGCCUUAGGCAGACUUAGGCGGGUAGGUCUGCGAACGCUUAGGUCUAUUAUAGAUAUUAGAAUAGAAAUCGCCAGGGAAUUUUAUACCACGUUUAUUUAAUUGCCAUCCGAACAUUUCUGCUGGCGUUCACGUCCGGCAAUUCGGUAAUUCGUUGAACGCCGUGUGGACGUUUUUCCUGCGUACAUCCGUGGGUGCAUGGAUGCGUGGAUGGAGAGGGAUUUAAGAAAGAGGAAAUUGAAAAAAAAAUUGAAAAAGAUAAAUUAAGCUAAUCGUAACGGUACGUCGAAUCUUAGUGUCAUUGGUAACAUUUUAAAUGAUAACAGAACAAUAUAUUUUGGUGUCUGUAUUACGUCUAGUGGCUUUGCUAUUGAAGUCUUUUUGAGACGGUCGACGGGAUGAGGACCAGUCGACUGCGUGGAAUUUUAAUGAAAUUUCGAUGCUUAUUAGUGAUCGAGUCAGAGGGAGAGGAAGAAGCAGAGAGAGAGAUAAAUAUGCCGAUUUUUGGUAAACGUUUUACACGAAUUUGCUUACUGUCAAGCAGAAAGAUUAUUAGGAAUUAUCGUAUUAGGUAAAUCGUGACAGACAUACUUAAUGACUGUUCAAUAGAAGAAUUUUUAACUUAAAAGAAAAUAGGAAUUGCCUCUGGUAAUUGACUUCUGACCGGCCAAUGUCGCAUUGUCAACGUAAACGAAUCGAUCUUCUUUAUCGACCAUUGGAAAAACGCACACAAGACUCGACGUCGUCGAAAUGUUCUAUUUUCACGUAAUUUUCACGAUUCAGACCAGUAUCGUUAACCAAGAAGGAGACUAAGAUCGGUGAAACAAAAUUGAAUCGACUGUUCGUCCUGCCGGUCCAGUACCUUGGCUCGGAUUGUGUUAGUAAAUCGAGAAGAUUGAAAAAAAAUGCCAAAGGAACCCCGUUUUAAGAAUUUUGAGUCUCGUGACCAUUUUGCAAGACCACGCCCACUUCCACUUUUUCAUGAGCUUUGCGAACGCGGAUACUCCAGUCCUUCGGAUAUUGACGAGCGUGUGUGUUUUUUUGAGCGUGCGUGUAUAUUUAAGAAUGCGUGUGUGUGCUUACGAACGUUAUAAAUGUACAUGGAAUAUAUGUAUAAUUGAAAUCAACUUGUUCGUAGCUUAUUGUUAAUUAAAAAGUGCAUCACUGUCAGAAGGUAUACCGGGUGACUAAAAGCAAAAGUGUGUGUAAACAUAGAAUUUUCGGCCAGUUUUACUUUUGCUUCUAGUCAGGCGAUGCGAAUCAUUAAGAAAUUUUAAUUGGUGGCGAUAAAAAAAAUUAUUUAGAAAAUAACGGCAGAAAGUGGCUACUCGUUUAAAAGUUUUCUGACAACGGAAAGUAAUUGCUGUUCGUUAUCGUAAGUGUAAGUGAUAUUUAAAAAUAAUAAAUACCGCUCGCCACUCGAAUCAAGGGUCAUUGACACUGAAAUCCAGCUGACGAUCCACGUUAUUUGUGAUGCAAUUUAUCUUAUCGAGGGUAUUUUAUACACGUGUAAUCUGACGUAAUCACGCGCGCUUAAGAUUGUCUGUUAAAGAUGUUAAAAAUGUUGAUUAUUCGUAUAGCUAAGAGGAAUUUGCCAAUAAAGCGAAUGCACUGCUGAGUGUAGAUGCUGCAGCUUGGAUGCUGCGGACUUUGUAGUAUUAUUUGGUUGUGAUUACUUAGCUGAUCAGUCGAAAUCGUUGCGGAUGAAGGAAAGAGGGGAAAUUAGAAUCAGGAAAAAAAAGGGAGAAACUCUUGAAGACAACUUCAGGGGGAAACCCUCGAGAAGCGUUAUGGAGCCUAUUGCCGAGCUAAUAUCUAUGUAAUUUUGAACGUGACUAUACCUCAGCUAGAUUUUUUACUUUUUUUUUGGAAUCUGCUUAAUAUUGAAAUUGAUAAUUUUUUUUUUAUAAAAAAAAAGAUUUGUAGGUCAGCUGCGAUAUAAUCACGUUCCAAAGUUAUUACUCUGUACCACUGUAAAUACAUAAGUCAGUGUGUAGAUUAGCCGGAAUAUGUUAUUAAUAAACGAUCAUUAAUACUAAAGGAAA